ACCGCGAUUUUAGAGAGGAAUAAGGGGGCAAAUCGGCCAAUUGUAGAUGAGGCGGUCAAUGAUGACAACUCCGUCGUCUCUCUCAAUCCGAACACCAUGGAAAAACUUCAGAUUUUCCGAGGAGACACCAUUCUGAUUAAGAACUUGUUCUUGGUGGCCGUCGGAGAGGAAACAGAUCAAGCAUUAUACGGAGGGCGUCGUUCUAUGGCGACAGCAGCGGCGAAGGAUAUGACAGGGAAUAUAAUAAAUGAGACGAGAUCGCCUGGUAUGCGGAUGCUGACAAAAUUGUGCGGAAUGAAUAAAGUGCUUGGGCCUAAUACAAAUACUCAAGAUGUGCAUGAA